CCGACUCGCACAAUUGGAGAUUUUCUUCAUUUUUGGUCACCAGGAAGAGAGAGAGAGAGAGAGAGAGAGAGAUGGUGAGCAGAGAAGGGAUGGAGAGCAUAACAGAGAGACUAUCGGGGGUUGAGAAUCUCUACUUCCCUCAAUCCAAUGCCAUUUCCAAUCAUCCUUCUCACCGCAAGGCCGCCCUCCUUGACCUUCUCGCCCGCGACGUCGCCCUCUUCUUAGAAAGAUAUGGAUCACAACUGACAUCCAAUGAGCUUCAAGAAUUUGAUGCACUUAAAGAAGAUUAUGAGAUCAAUUGGCACUUAAAGCACCUCAGAAGUGUAAUGAGUCCAACAUCAGAGGAGUUGAAGUUGAGGUCAGUGACAGUGAAGAACCGGAGACGAGCCUACUUGGAUAAACUGAUACAUGAUGGGCAAUAUUUCUCAGAGGAUGCAAUGAGGGAAAGAGAACCAUAUUUGCAUCAUGAGUAUGUAGGCAAAUAUCAGGAUCCAACUGGCAGGAGCAUGGCAAGACCAGGGGAGCGGUGGUCGGAGACAUUGAUGAGGAGAUCAGAGGAAGCAUUUUUGGUUGCAAAGAUUAGAAGGGAGCAACAGAGGUUAGGUGUGGCUGAGAGGGACUGGAUUGGUAAUGAUAGAAACCAGGAAGAAGAAGAAGAAGAAGAAGAAGAAGAAGAAGAGGAAGAGGAAGAGGAGGAGGAGGAUGAAGAAGAAGAAGAAGCCAAGAAGGCUGAUGGAGCUGCAAAUUCUGCAGAGAUGGGCUCGGAUCAUCGUGAUGAUGCAACCAAUGGUGCCCACUCCACCGCAGAACAACACAAUGAGAGAGAAACUUUAUCUGCCGCGGAGAUGCAAGAUCAGAUGGAUCAAUUCACUUACAUCAUGCAGCAGAAGUUUCUGUUAGGGGAAGAUCAUGAACAUUUAGAUUAUUCAAAAAUAGAUAACGAUGAGACCCUGGAUGAUCACUGGCAAAGAGAAGCCAGCCAUGAUGCUGAGGAAAAGUAUUUCGCUGAGGACUGAGGAGGACGGAAGCUGCAUUAACUUUAUGUUGUUCGCCAUAGCUUCUCAUUUAAUCUUUGUUUUCUAAUUAAGUCUUGGGCUGAGAUUUGCAUAUGUAAUUACAUGUCUUUUUUUGUGUAAAUAUGUGACCAGCUGCUUGUUUAGACUUCCACUAAGCGCUUAAAUCGGAAUAAAAUCAAUUCAGAUUCCGCACUUAA